AAGCUGAUUAGGCGAACGAGAUCCUAGUUAGUCUACAGCUGGGCAGUUAUUUAAUCAUAAUAAGGCAGUCCGGCGUCGAAGGAGGACGAAGUCGUUUGUACGUACGUUCAGUGAUGCUCAGUUUGUUUUCGUCGGUCGAUCGGCCAGUUUGCUGAAGUGUUUUAGUGUUCCUGUGUUUUUUUUAAUUAAAGUGUAUAUUAUUGUAGUGAAGCGACAGUAUUUUUAUUGUACCGCCACGAUGGGUGAUUUGAAUAAUAAGAUUGAUUGCAGUAGUUCAGAAUCAAGUCCUUGCGGGACUCCAGGUGGUGACAGUAAUGGGAUCGAAAGGCGAGCUCAACAUGAGUACAAGGAAGAAAUCAUGAAGGACAUGGCCAUCGAUAAGAUGCGGGAAAAGAUGGAUGCCAUCGUUCAGAAGAUGGAAAAGGAUGUUGAACGCAAACUGGACCUGUUGGUUGAUGAUCUGAUGAGCGAAGUGAAACUGUUCAAUCUGAAAAAUUAUGAACUGCAGCAACUGUUCCGAGAAUCCAGUUCAUCCUCAGUGUCAACCGUAGGACAAACCAGUUCACAGACCUCUGGUCGUCGGCGUCGACAAAUCGAUGGGAAGCUACCGGAAAAGGAAUUUUUAGCGAGAAACUCACUACUUACCGAUCUGUUCGAAGUUAAGCAUAUCAAAACCAUCUACCACAUAUUUGUAGUGAUCUUGAUCAUCAUGUUCCUGAAUACCGUAGUGCACGAUUUUGUCGAUCGUGGAAGUAUAAAUUUGGGUCUCCGACCUAUUGUGGCUGGAUUCGGCAAGAUUCACAUCGGUUUACUUCUGUGGGGAUGCAUGCAAAUUGUGGCAUUGAGUAUCUAUCCGUGUUAUUCCGCGUGGGCUUAUAUUCGUCAAAUCAUCGGCAGCGGGAGCUUCAGAAAAAUCUGGGAUAUAAGCUUCAUUUUAGGAUUCGUCACGUACCAGUGUCUGUUUGUUACUUUCGUGAUCAAAGCUGUGCUGCAGUUCGACUUUCCACCAGCCACAUCCAUAGCUGUCCUCAUGGAGAUGACUCGAUUUACGAUGAAAAUCCACGCUUUCGUUCGAAGUAACAUUCCACGUAGCCUAUCUUCAUCCAGCAAAGCAUCACCAGAAGACAAACCGGUGCACUCCAGCAUCGUACCGGCCUUUUCCAAGUUUGUUUACUUCCUGUUCGCACCGACGCUUGUCUACCGGGACGAUUAUCCGCGAACGAAACGCAUUCGCUGGUCGAUAGUGUUCCGGCAUGCUUUGGAAGUUUUGGGUGUCAUCUUCUACAUCAGUUUUAUUUUCGAACGCUUCCUGACACCACUGUUCAAUCGCUUUGGCGAUGCGCAAAUCACUGCCGGUAAUUUUGUACUGACGUUGUUCGGGUCCAUAAUGCCCGGUUCGUUAUCGUUCCUGUGCGGUUUCUACUGUUUACUGCACGCCUGGAUGAAUGCUGCAGCUGAAUUGCUUCGGUUCGCUGAUCGGAUGUUUUAUCGCGAUUGGUGGAAUGCUUCAUCCUUUCCGGAAUAUAUGCGCUCCUGGAACGUUGUGGUUCAUGAUUGGCUGUACACCUAUAUCUACAAGGAUUCGGUUGAAUAUCUGUUCAAGAACUGCCGCUCGCUUGGCACCGUUCUGGUGUUUACGAUAUCUGCAAUGUUCCAUGAAGUUAUCCUAGGGUUCGCCUUCCGAUUCUUCUAUCCAGUGAUGUUUGUGCAGUUCGAAUUUAUGGGUUUACUGCUGAUGUUUAUCACGCGCAAUCUCAGCAAGGAUGCGGGAAAUAUUUUACUAUGGCUGAUGCUGUGCAUUGGCAAUGGGAUCCAUUUGAGCUUGUACAACAUGGAGUACUAUGCACGGAGGAAUUGUCCGAUUAGUGGUGGUUCGAUCGUAGAUUACAUGGUACCGGUAUCGUGGUCCUGCAAUGGAAUCUCGCAUAAUCCGAAUUGGACGAUAACUGCCCCGUGGAACAUAGGGUUAUAAUGCGAGCCAGUGAGAGAAUAUUAAAAUGUAUGCUAGAUAGUUGUACCAAACAUUAGAAUAAAAAAUUAAGACUGUAUGUAAUGUAAA